AUGACGAUGCGUACCAGGCGUCGCCAGAGUAUCGAGGUAUUCCGACUGCGGCUGCGCGAGACGGUGAACGAGGGCGGCGACGACGAAAACGGCAGCGCGCGCAGCCUGUUAAGUCUACCGGAGCAGGAGGCAGUCACAGCGCCAUUGCCGAGUCCACAGGACAGCACCAAACAGAAACAGAAAGACGCGCCGAAGCAGAAGCAGGAGAACGCAAAUACAAGCGCCGAACGCACAGUUAGUAGGCAAGACACACGGUCUCGCUUGGGCGUGGAGAUUAACAUCGACAAGGACAGUGACGAGGAGUUCGUGGACGGUCAGGAGAUCAAAAUCGACGACGAUAGCGAAGACGAGGAGGAUAUUGACGGCCGAGAGCCCAGUGAGAGACGCAGACCCUGUUUAAUCGCAUCGUCGUCUUCAGGUGACGAUGGUAGUACGCGGACGAUGCGCUGCAGCUUGGACGCGGCAGACUCUCCAUCCCCAGUGGUGGAGGAUAACGAAGCUGGAGCUAUCGAGGCUGUUGCGCAGCUCGACGAGUCCAUAAACCUUGCAGAGUCGAAUGAACUGCCCGAAGAGCCUGAGAUCGCGGACUUUACGGGACCAGGAUACCCAGAACCGGGAGACAACCCCUUACAACCGAAGGACAAUAUCCGUGAAUCUAGACGUGUCGUGCUAGUGACUCGCCCCAGCCAACGGGAUAUCGAGAUGUGGACAGAGCGUGCUACGAGUACGAUGGUCAAGUCAAGAGGCAGCAGUACACGACCGACGCCCACCAGCGCACAGAGUCGACGCUGGGUGCUGGAAUACAAGCCCGUAGUGCGUCACUCUGGCUGGCUUAUCAAGCGUGGCCACGGUCUGCGUAACUUCAAGCGUCGACUGUUCUGUAUAGUGGACAACGAGCUUAUCUAUCACGACACACACGACGCCACAGAGGUGCGUGGUCGCCUGGAUCUCACGCGUAAGAGCACCGUCCAGUGUAUGCUACACAGUGGCUUCAAGUUCUCCCAGGGGGGCAGCUACGGUAUGGUGCUCUACGCCCUAGACAACCACGACCGCGACUUGUGGAUCCGUAAAUUACAAGAACACAAUGUACAAGUACUACCUGAGGGUGCAAAGACUGCUAAACUUAUGAAGCAGAAUAGCGACAACGCUGACAAAGGAGGCCCCGUCCUCUUCUCCGGUUGGCUGCGUAAGCGUGGUCGGAUGGUUAAAUCAACAAAGCGUCGCUGGUUCGAGCUCUCAAACACGACACUUUCGUACUUUGCACACCCGCAGGGAGGCUCUCGUAAAGGCUCGAUCGACAUCUCCCACGCGCGGGUGUCUCCUGUGGACACCCUCAAGACAGGAGAACGACACAGCUUCCAGAUCUGCACUCCCAGUCGCAACUUGUCCCUGCAUGCCGACAGCCAAGAAGAGCGUUCGUUGUGGCUGGCUGCACUCGCUUCGGUUGGUGAGGGUAGUACCAUCACAACGCUAGCUGGUACACCUGCAAAACCCGAUUCGAAUGAUUUUUCUAUGCCUACAAGUGCAUCGGAGAUUGGUCGCAUGUGCAAGUGUGGCGCGCUGGAUGAAGGCGGUGCCGCAGUCGACGGAGUGUGCAGGCGUUGUAUGUCGUCGUUUAUCUCAAAGACGGAAGACGCGAUGAUGGACGUAGCACGCGAAGUGCAGCUUCUAUUGGCCUCUCCGUACUCACCUGAAGGCUGCACAUCCGCUGCAUUCCUCAAGGAACAUUCAGGCCGACCCGUUUCCAACGCAACGGUGCGGGAGUUCAUGACUGGGCUAUCAGAUUAUUUGGUCCACACGCGUUUGAAGGAGCUCCAGAUGCUUGCUGGUGUUGCGCAGCCAGAUACCAGUUCGGACAGCGAUUCCGACGACGACCGAGUUAAAGACGUUAAUCCAGCGCGUCCACAAGAUGCUAUGGUCAUCAGUGAGAUCACGAACAGCAUCCAGACGAUCGUCCAUGAACAUAUUGAAGAGCGUGUCUUCUUCCCUUUGUAUCGCGCGAUCUUAACGAACGUGCGUGCACAGACUCGAGAGGAUGCCAAAGUAUUGAAAGGGAAGAUCGAAAUAUUGCGCAGUAAGUCGCAAGCAUUCUUCGGUAUUGGACCUGACAGCGAGUCGUCCAGCAAAUGGUUUUCUGCUUGUGCCAAGCUCCGGGAAGUUGACAAGUUGCUGGCUGCAUGCAAGGAGAUCUACGCCGUCUACCACAACGAACACCCCACGCAGCCGCCUAUGAGCGCUGACGCCUUCAUCCCGGCCUUCAUUUACGUGCUUAUCCACUCGCAUCUACGCGACCCUGUAGCCUUGAAAGAGAUGAUCACGUUCUUCGAUUCCGGCAGCCAAGGAGAGAUCGCGUACUUCGUCACGUGUCUGGAGAUCGCGCUGGAAUACAUUCGCUCCCUCCUUACGGCGUGCACAGUCGUGCUGUCUUCUAAACGCAAACUUGGUAUCGAGUUCUCCAAACAUUCUGCAGCAGACGUGGUGGUUGUCCAUCGGUUGGUCCCUGGAGAGCAGGCACAACAGAGCGGCGCAAUCAACGUCGGCGACGUGCUGGUCGCUGUGAACGGACUGCCGGUGUACGAGAUGGAGUUGGCAGAGAUCGUCAAGGUUUGGCGCGGCGUGGACGGAGAGGCCGAGUUUUGUUUCCUACCGAUGGACGAGUACGUGCGGAAGUAUGGCACGUCUUGAGCUGGAGAGCCAUUUUGUUAUCAAGAGCUGCCGACAGGAGGCGUAGAGCUGACGUU